UCGAUCGUUAGUUUGUGUUUUCUGUUCCACUAACCGUUAAAUUGUUUAACAGAGAGUUUUGUCAGUGAUAGCUGGUGAGUCUGAAGGAGAUAAUUUACCUGGCGAAGAACUGAUCUAUCGUAUUUGUGUGAGUCACCGUAGUAGAGAAUCGAGCAGACGAAGAGUUGAGAAGCUCGCGAGUUGAUCGGCCCGUGUAUUAUCCGCCAUACUGACAAGAGUAAGGCUAUUCACCUGAGUGAGAAGUCAGAUAGCAACGGACCAACUCUCACAGGGAUAACUGCCACCCCUGGAGACCUGCAUCUUGAGGAGCUGCCCCUGUGUGUCAGGAUCAAUGUAGCCUGUGGGUAACAACUUCACCUGAAACUGGGAGAGUCCGGGAGGUUGUAAAAGCCCACAGAAUGGCUUUCAGGUGGGACAGGAGCAUGAGGUUUAGCUGCUUCACCUGUCUCCUGGAACUGAUCAUUUCCUUGUUACUCAUCACCACAGACAGCCCAGCUUUGGCAGAGAAGACAUUUAAUCAGAGGAAUGCAAGUUCUUCCUCAAUGCACGCGCCCGGCGUCACACUUCCACGUAGAGGAGCCGAUUUCCUCAGCAAGUUCUUCCCCAACGAAAGAACUUGGUUAAACCGACCCAAGGACCAGCGAACUGCUUAUGCCUGUGAAAAAACACCUCUCCAGAUUGAAUGUGAUGCCAACAAAGGGGAGGUAAUCCGGAUUAUCCGCGCAAACUAUGGCCGCUUCAGUAUUACCAUCUGUAACCCUCAUGGGGUGACACAGGGCUGGAACCUUCAGUGUAUGUCACUGAGAUCCCUGAAGAUUGUCUCAGACAGGUGUGAUGGCUGGACACGCUGUAAAAUAGUGACCAACAAUGACCUGUUUGGUGACCCCUGUCCUGAUACCUACAAAUACCUACAGGUCCAGUACCGCUGUGCUAAAGAGCCCCCUCCUUCAACACGACUCAUACGGACAACAACAACUACUACCGUCACAACGACAGAAUACGUAGAGACCACUCCAUUUCCUUCUCCCACAUCCACUAUCCCACCCCCUCCCACCACCCAAACUCACCCUCCCACCACCCGGGCCCACCACUCCACCACACUGUCUAUACUCACCCACAGUCCUACUCCAGCUCUGCCUCCAGGUGGUCCAGAACAGAAAACAACGACAACACCCCCAACUCCACACAGACCACCGUCCCCUGUUACAACGACGACCACACCCAAACCACAGACCUCCACACCCAAGUCUGGCCCGUCCACCAACUCUAAGGGGCCUCUGCCCAUUGAGCUAACCUUCUGUAAGGAGACAGUGCGUGGAGGCCAGCAUUGGCCAACGACCAAUGUGGGCAUCAAGAGUGUCCUUGACUGUCCAGGCGACCUGAUUGGUGUCGUGGCGUGGGAAUGUGGUCGCUAUGGAUGGGUGGGAGAGCCUGAUGAUAGUGGCUGUAAAUCACCAUGGUUACAGGAUGUUAUAGAUGAGGUGAAAAAGAACCAAUCAGUUGAAGUGGUCAUGGAUAAAAUUGAAGACCUGACAUCCAAGAAUAUUUUGAAACCAACUGAUUUGAAGAUAACCACGUCCAUUAUGAACAAGAUGGCAGAGAGACUGAAGGCUGAGAAGUCAUCCAGUCCAGCUAUUGUUCAGAAAACUGCCAGUGAGAUGGUCCAGUCGGCCAGUAACCUGUUGGCUGGUAAACAGCGGGACUCGUGGGCAGACCUGGAUGAAUCAGACCGGACCCGUGUGGCCACAUCACUGGUCAUCACUGUGGAGGACGCUGCCUUUGCCGUGGUCAAUACGGUGGACACACAGACGACCUCUGAUGACAAUAUAUUUGUGGAGGUGAAUGUGAUCAAGACGAUGAACCAGGACCUCACCCUGCCCUCCUCCCCACCCAGGGGGCGCUCAGUAUGGGCAGACAACUCUGACUCCAUCACCAUCCCUAAGGAGAGCCUUCAGCAACAUAGCCAGAAUGGUAAGGUGUCUGUGGUCUUCAUUGCUUACAAUAAUCUGGCUGAGUGGAUGAGCCCUGGGGAUACUGACCUAUCCACCGGUCAGUCAGAGAGUGGCCUGGGGGAGAGAAUCACAGACACAGAGGUGCGGACUUCCAGCGGGAACACCACCCACAAGUGGGCAGUCAACACCAAGAUCAUCUCCACUUCUCUGAAUGAGAGGACUGCCUCCGUACCACUGACAAAACCAGUCACCUUUGUCCUGCAGCACACUAAUAAAAGCAUUAACCUGAGUCCAAAGUGUUGUUACUGGAAUUACUCUGACACAUCUAAGCUGGGUCACUGGGCAGAGGCUGGGUGUAGACUGAUCACCACCAAUCAGACCCACACUACCUGUGAAUGUGACCACCUCACUAACUUUGCUGUUCUCAUGGAUGUAGCAGGUACCAUGCUGCCUGCCCACCACGAGCUUCCCCUACAGGUCAUCACAUAUGCCGGCUGUCUAAUCUCCAUCUUCUGUCUCAUCCUAGCCUUCAUCACCUUCUUCAUCUUCAAAAACCUUCAGUGUGACCGGAACACCAUUCACAAGAAUCUGGUGCUGAGUCUGCUUAUAGCGGAGUCCAUCUUCCUGGCUGGAAUACAGCAGAGUGAAACUCAGAUUCUGUGUGCGGUGAUUGCGGGCCUCUUACACUUCUUUUUCCUGGCCUCGUUUGCCUGGAUGUGCCUGGAGGGGAUUCAGCUGUAUGUCAUGCUGAUUGAGGUGUUUGAGGCGGAGAAGUCGCGCGUCAAGUGGUACUACCUCUUUGGUUACGGUCUUCCUGCCAUCAUUGUGGGUAUAUCAGCAGCUGUGGACCACCAGGGCUACGGGACAGAGCGUCACUGCUGGCUGAGAACAGAUACUUACUUCAUCUGGAGUUUUGUGGGACCUGUGGCUGCUGUAAUUACGGUAAAUAUUGUGAUGUUGAGUAUCGCGGUGUACAUGAUGUGUCGCCAUGCCACAACAGUGCCAGCCAUCAGGUCAAAGGAAAAACCAAAAAUGGAGAAAUACAGCAGCCAGGAUGUUGAGAGUGGUGUCAGUCAGCCUGGACUAUAUGGUUGUGACCCCAAGGUCAAACGCGUUUCUGAUGUCCCUGAGUAUUCUUGUGGGAGCAUGGACCGGCUACAGCCCUCAGCCAGUGAUGGCUCCAUGCAUCUGUAUGAGCGACUGGCGUGGAUCAAGGGUGCAGCUGUACUCGUGGUAUUGCUUGGGCUUACCUGGUCAUUUGGCAUCCUCUACAUCAACGAGAACACUGUGAUCAUGGCCUACUUGUUCACCAUCCUCAACAGUCUGCAGGGUCUCUUCAUCUUUGUCUUCCACUGCCUCAUGAAUGAGAAGGUACAGAAGGAGUACCGUAAAGUGGCGAGGAGAACAUCCUGGUUACCGGACUGCAUCCGUGUGAAGUAUGGUGGUUACACAGGCUAUAGUCAGUCCACAACGCCUAAUCAGUCCACGUCGUCAGGUGGUAACAAUUACUUUUCCAAGUUAUGGAGUGGUAGAAAGAGAAAGAAGUCCACAUCUUCUCUCCUGGGCAAGUCAAACUCAUCCCCAUCCAGACGGCGUCAGAGUAACAGGCCGAACUCCAGCAGCCAUGAGAGCACUGUCCUGACCCCAAUCUCCAACCAGAACGGCUUCAUCUACACCCCGGGGCAGAACAACGGCCACCAGCAGACCAAUACAGAACACCACAGUGGCAUCAAUGGGGAUCUCUCGGUAGUGGACUGCUCUGUGGUGGAUAGUGAGUUCGUGAGUGAGUACUGUCAGGAGAAUAUGAAGGCCCACAAGGACACUCCGCAGAAAGUUUCCCCGUAUAAUGCCGACGAGUCCAUCUACCAUGUAUACGAGGAGCCCAUGUUCCGCAAUAAGAAACCCCUGAACAACUCUGAUGACUCCAUCAUCAAGAAUCGCCUAUCCUUCAUGUCCACUGACACCAAAGACGGCAUACAUUACUCUGAGGUGAGUGACGAGGAGCUGUUCAGGAUGACCGAGAAAGAGAAAAGACUGAGUGAGUACGAGAGAGAACCCCUGGUAUUUGCCAGCAAAUCAGAACGACAGCUGAUCAGCGAAAAGGUUGGAGGAUCGCCAGGGCCUCCGGGGAACAACAGACGCACACGAGAAACGUCGCCAUCCCUGACAGACCUUGGUCCUGACACCAAGGCAGAAAAUGACAAGAAUCUCAGCACACCUAACUUGAAGUACAAGGAGACCCUGAAAAGGGAGGUGUCUGCUAAAGGUGACCCAGGGGCGGAUGACCCCCUACUGCAGCCUCAGUCCAGUUUACCAAACCUCUCUGCUGUGGAUGAGGAAAUGGAACGGGAAUUGUCUUUCGGGUCAUUUGAUGCCUCGCCCACUGGUGGAUCAAAAGCUGCCAAGCUGACGGGGAAGAAAGUGACGAGGUUAAACUCUGACGCACAGACAAAGCAUGACCCACAUAGGUUCAAGCUGAAUACUUCUAGUGACUGCUGACCUGCUUCAUACAAUGACGCAGAUCAUUUUCAAGAAGCCAGUCAGUGUACAGGGCACAUGUAAUGACUAUGCAUCCUGAAUGGGUGAUGACUGAACUCAGUGUAAGGUUCAGUGUAUCAGUAUAAGGUAUGGUUGAAACCACUUGACAGAACGGAGAGUACAAUGCAACAGACAUUGAGCUGAAACCAGAAAUUGAGAGUACAUUGCAACAAACCUUGGGCUGAAACCGGAAAUUGGGUGUACAAUGCAACAGACAUUGAGCUGAAACCAGAAAUCGAGAGUGCAUUGCAACAAACCUUGAGCUGAAACCGGAAAUCGGAAGUACAAUGCAACAGACCUUGAGCUGAAGCCAGAAAUUGAGUGUACCAUGCAACAAUUUGCUGAAGUACUCAACAUGUAUUGCAGCUGGAGGAUAAGGUGAUAGAUUGAAGAAAGAUGUCCCCCUUGUGCUCAGAGUUUGUUGCAGAUCUUGUGACAAUACGUACCAAUAAGAGGAUACAUACCAAACAGGAGGCUGGAUUGUGUUGGAGCAGCUACCUUUAACAAAUAUUGUGCAAUUCCUUGGAGGGUUUUCCUACAGGACACAGGAACCAGAGGUGUGCAAGAGUGUUGUGAAGUGGUCCAGAAACAUUCCAAGCAUAUAGACUUCACUGAUCUGAAAUCAGCAGUGAAUUAGUUACAGGUACGACUUUCGCAUGCAAGUCUCGUUAGAGGUUGAGUGACAACUUAAGAUAUGUCCAGGUGAAGACCCUUAGUUUUGGAUUACCAAUAACAUUCUCUGCAAGAGAAACAAUAAUUUAUUCAGAUUUAUGCAUCUUUUUCACCAGUUGGUAUGUGUACAUGUAGGAAAGUCUGGUUGUUGUUUGCUAUCAGUGUCAUGUGCUUUAGAAGCAAUGACAGUGAACAGUGUUUUUCUGUACAGUGGAACUGUCACUUCCUGCACCCUAUUUGUCCUUCUUGACUGGUGUGACAGCUUUAUAUGUAACAGUUUUCAACUUUCACCAGUCCUAAAGGUUCCAGUAACACUGCAUUCACAUAAUUCUCAGCUCACUUUAAGCAAGGGCUUAUACAUGUAUAGCUGUAUUCUAAUGGAUGUUGUCAAGCUUGAAAUAAAGCCAGACAAAUAAAUAUGGCCAUUGUUCAUGCAAAGCGGGUACUCUUGCUGUGGUAUCCAGUAUAGGCACAUGUACUUCAUAGAUCAUGUGAACAUGGAAUUCUAUACAUGCAUAAAUUACAAUUAAUUAAUGAGUUAAUUAUGUUUUGGGAGAAGAGGGGAGGGGUGUGAGUAGUAGACUUGAUACACCUAAUUCUGAUGAAACAAACAAGGGUAGAGAGAGAAAAGUUAAUAAGACUUUUACAAAAUACAGUACGUAUUUUUCAAGAGUGCGUGUGAAACUAAAAUUCCUCUGGCUGUUGCAAGCCUAGUACUGUUAAUCUUUUUGCUAUAGAACCAAAGACUGCCUCUGUUGUAAGGUGUUAGCUGUUAGCCUGCUGGCGUUGUCAUUGUUAUAAUUGAAAGUCUAUCGCCUGUUAUCAGAGAAAGAUACUAUUGUAAGGCCACAGUACAUCUUUUGUAGUCCAUUUAGUAUUAAAAGUAUGACAACUCUUUGAUCUGACUCUUUAGUGCGUCCAAAUUGUCAUUCAUAUUGCUUGGUGUCAAAUUUUAUGCAAGCGUCCAUGUAUUAUAUUGUAUAUUGUUGGGUUGUAAUGUUGUGUUUGUACAUAUUGUUGGUGCUGACAAAGUCUGUAUAUGAUCUGUUGAUUAAUGUUUCUCUUUGGUAUUGUAUGUAAAAAAUGUUUUAUCCUAUUUUUUUACCAGUAUGAACAUUUUUUUUUAAAUUAAGUAUUAUUGUUUCACGACAACAAAUAGUAAAUUUAUAAUCAAGGUCAAGUUUCCUUGAAAUAACAUUUUUUUUUCUAGCAUGAACACAGCCAUUAUUUUUAAGAUUUUUGUAUAGAUUUUUAUAUCCACUUGGAGUCCUUUAAAAUAAAUACAUGUACAUUAGUAUGAUAGUUGUCAUCCUCCUUUGAAACAAUCUUGCAAUAUUGUUACUGUGUAUUCUUAAUUAAAGUGUACAUCUAUGUAGACGUACAUUUUUGUAUUAAAUAUGAAGCAAACUUGGGGGACAAAGAUUAUGAGGGACCUCCCUGAAUUAUGUCCUUCACGUACCCUUCGUGUGUUAAGUUGACCUCUGUGUAUUGGAGACCUAUGAUUAGACUUGUCUGUAGCACCAUAGCUAUGCAUGUAGAUCGUGGCAUGUCUAUGGAUGCUCAUCUUAUAUCGAGCCAUACAUGUCCUCAACUGUGCUACCACGUUUGUCACCUACAUGCAGUCAUACUUUGGCAAUGUAGCCAUACUUGUCUCUGGCAAUUUAGCUAUACUUGUCUUUGCAAUGUAGUCAUACUUGUCUUUGGCAAUGUAGCCAUACCUGUCUUCGUUAAGACAAUAGAAUGAUACAUGUGGAUGAUGUUACAGAUCUUUAUGUUUUUCCACAUGAAACUACAUGUGCAUUGGUUUCAUGAAAGUUUCCUACUUUUGAAGAGGUAAAUUUGUUGUAUCGCUUAUGGUUGUGCCAUUCACUGUCUUCAUAAAACUUUUCAUCAUUCCAUCUAUUUUACUGCUUUCUUGCCGAUUUAUGCAAUUUAUGAUGGAUGCUUUUCAUUUUCUAUCAGUGUCAGUAUUUCUAUUGGAAAAGCGGAUAUAUGUUUACAUAUAUACCAGUGUGUCCUAACCGACAGUACCCUAGGUGAAGGUCUCCGUUCUCCAGUUAACCUUUUAGCUGAGGUCCUGUUACAGUGGUUGUGAGACAGCUCUAAAGUGGUGGUAGAAAAAGGUUUCCAUCAGCAAGGUUGUGACGAUACUAGCAUGCUUGAGACCAUGGCAGAAUUGUGGUAGAGGAGGUCCAAGCUAGGUUUAGAAGCAGCCGUAGGGUGAAGCUAAUAGGUGUGAACACGAAGCUUCAUAUUGAGUGGUAGGCCGGGGGAUGCUGUUCCCGCCAUCUGUUCAGUGGUGUUCACAAGACGCUUCUGCAUACGACUUUCCUGAAAGGUGUCAUUUGUACCUAGAAAUCUAGUCCAGUGAAACAAGGCAUAAGCUUAAAUUUGAUAUAUACUCACUCAAAAAAGGAAAUGUAUAGGUAGCUCAUGGUGGAGACAGUGAAUGCUGAGGUGAGCGCCCACUUGUGACCUGUAUGAUGUCGUGUGAAUGAGCUGCUUCUGCUCAUUGCUGAUUACUGACAUUUGGACUGUAAUAUGGUUGAAAAUGGUAGCUUGUUUAAAUUGGAAUUAUCUGACUUCGAAUUGAAGCAGAUUUAUCAUGUCAAAGUUUCCAUAUGCAUUUCUUUUUUGGCACCCUUUACACCGUAGGUGUACAACUUUUGCUGUGGUUAACUAUACCGGUUUAAAACCUCAGAGGCUGUAUUCAAAAUAUUGCAACUUUUUGCCAUUGCUAAUUCGCUCAAAAGAUAGUCUAUCACAGUUAAGCUUACAGCAUUAUGCGUGUUAUAAGAUCCUGUUUAUUUAUAAUAUGGGAUAGUUUGACAUCUGCCUGAAAAAGCACGUCAUUGUUUUACAUAGUCAGAAAUGCAUUUCAAGUUUCAACGUGUAAUGCAGCUUCUAAUCUUCCUGCUAUGUUAAUUCCAUACACAGCCCACCCUGGUAUAGCUACGGAAUGGUCUUCGUGGUAACACCACACCAGUUACUUCGUAGAUGAGAAGAGGAACUCGUAUAAAUAACGCGAGGUUUUCAUCUGUAGCAAUGGAUGUGUACGAUUUGAAAGGUACAGAUUCAGAAAGCAAAGUUGAUCUCAUUAACUGGCAGAAACUUUUGAAAGGUACGAAUUUAGCCAGCAACGUCAAAUAUGCUCUAUACUGUCCGUUGCUUAACAUUGAUUGUAUUGUUUAUUAUAGUUCACCCAAGUCAUUUUAUUUACGUACGUACAUAAUAGUGUCCAUCCCUGUAUCAUUAAAUGUGUACAUCUCGUAGAAAGGAUUAGCAAUCUGGUUAGACUCAUGGCAUGGUCACACAUAUAGUUCGUCUGCUGCCUUCAGCUUUUACGUCCGAUUUGAUCAUUUCAGCCCAUCCAUAUUUACAAAAGCAUUAUUCUCUAUAUUGUCAAUUAUAUUUCAUUUCCCGCUUAAUACAAUGUGUCAAGUGUCCAGGGUUUUGUAGUGUAGAACUUAGCAAAGCCCACGGGUUGUGAAUUUUCCGAGAAAUAAAUCUUUUUGUCGC